AUGGCUUCGCCAGAAAAUACAGUGGCCUUUAUAGGGCUGGGAGUGAUGGGCUACCCUAUGGCCGUCAACCUGCGGUCGAAAACACCAUCGAGUUUGACCCUCUUGAUCUGCGACGUGUCUCAGGACGCAUUGGCUCGAUUCCAAUCCCAAGUCGCGGGCAAGGGUCCCGUGGAAGUCGUUGCAAACGGAUUCGAGGCCGUCCAGCGCGCCAACACCGUCAUCACAAUGCUGCCGACGGCCGCGGCCGUGGAGAAGGUCUACCUCGACCCAUCGACGGGCAUCAUCGCGGGAGCUGUCGAAGCGUCCAAGUCGAACCCGCAGAAGAAACUGCUGAUGGAAUGCGGAACAAUCGAAACGGCGACGAUUCUGCGGGUCGCCCAGGCCACGACCGAGGCGGCCUCAAAACUCGGGAGCGGCGCACAACUCGAUUUCGUCGACGCCCCCGUCUCAGGCGGACCGAUGGGCGCGGAGGCCGGAACGCUGACGUUCAUGGUGGGCGCGGCGUCAAAGGAGGCGUUCGAGCACGCAAAACAGUACCUGCAGCACAUGGGCAAGAAGGACAGCAUUUUCCAUUGCGGUGCGGUGGGCUCCGGCACCGCCUUUAAAGUUAUCAACAACUACCUGUCAGCGAUAACAAGUCUGGCGGCCAGCGAGGCGCUCAACAUCGGCGCCAAAAUGGGCCUCGACCUCAAACUGCUAACCGACGUUAUCAAUGUGUCUGGCGGCCAGUGCUGGGUCACUUCGCAGUCCAACCCCGUUCCCGGCAUCCACCCAAAUGCCCCAGCCAGCCGCGGCUACGAAGGUGGCUUCCGCAUCGAGCUGUGCAAGCACGUCCUAGAAAUGGGUUCCUCGCUAGCCGAAAUGGUCGGCGCCCGCACUAUCCUCGACAAGCCUACCCUGGCCGCCUUUGACGAGGCCAUGGCCGAUGAGAGGUACAAGGGCAAAGAUGCGCGUGUUGUCUACAAGUGGUUGAAUGAGAGUGAGCGGCCAAAAGAGUCAGAAACAGAAAACAAAUCAUGA